GGUCGGGCGCUAAGAGUGUUCUUCCAGCUGGCCAAUCAGAGCGCAGCUUUGUCGCGUUGGCGCACGUGACACGUCAUCAAUGAGCGCCCGCCUUGUAGCCUGGCUAAUCUCCUAGGGACCGCGGUUCGCGGGGGGAAGAGGCCUUGGGAUGUCUCUGGCAGAUGAGCUCUUGGCCGACCUUGAGGAAGCAGCAGAAGAGGAAGAAGGAGGAAGCUAUGGCGAGGAAGAAGAGGAGCCGGCCAUCGAGGAUGUGCAGGAGGAGACCCAGCUGGAUCUCUCUGGGGAUUCGGUCAAAAGUAUCGCCAAGCUGUGGGACAGCAAGAUGUUUGCCGAGAUCAUGAUGAAGAUCGAAGAGUACAUCAGCAAGCAAGCCAAUGCUUCGGAAGUGAUGGGACCAGUGGAGGCAGCCCCUGAGUACCGAGUCAUUGUGGAUGCCAACAACCUGACUGUGGAGAUCGAGAACGAGCUGAACAUCAUCCACAAGUUCAUCCGGGACAAGUACUCGAAGAGGUUCCCUGAGCUAGAGUCCUUAGUCCCCAACGCGCUGGACUACAUCCGUACGGUCAAGGAGCUGGGCAACAGCCUGGACAAAUGCAAGAACAACGAGAAUCUGCAGCAGAUCCUCACCAAUGCUACCAUCAUGGUGGUCAGCGUCACGGCCUCCACCACGCAGGGGCAGCAGCUCUCUGAGGAGGAGCUGGAGCGGCUAGAGGAGGCCUGUGACAUGGCGCUGGAGCUGAAUGCCUCCAAGCACCGCAUCUACGAGUACGUGGAGUCCAGAAUGUCCUUCAUCGCCCCCAACCUGUCCAUCAUCAUCGGGGCGUCCACAGCAGCCAAGAUCAUGGGUGUGGCUGGCGGCCUGACCAACCUUUCCAAGAUGCCCGCCUGCAACAUCAUGCUGCUCGGCGCCCAGCGCAAGACACUGUCCGGCUUCUCAUCCACUUCAGUGCUGCCCCACACCGGGUACAUCUACCACAGCGACAUUGUGCAGUCGCUGCCCCCGGAUCUGCGGCGGAAGGCAGCCCGGCUGGUGGCUGCCAAGUGCACUCUGGCUGCCCGCGUGGACAGUUUCCAUGAGAGCUCAGAGGGGAAGGUGGGCUACGAGCUCAAAGAUGAGAUUGAACGCAAGUUUGACAAGUGGCAGGAGCCCCCUCCGGUGAAGCAGGUGAAGCCCCUACCUGCACCCCUCGACGGGCAGCGGAAGAAGCGCGGGGGCCGCAGGUACCGCAAGAUGAAGGAGCGGCUAGGACUGACAGAGAUCCGGAAGCAGGCCAACCGCAUGAGCUUCGGAGAGAUAGAGGAGGAUGCCUACCAGGAGGACCUGGGCUUCAGUCUGGGCCAUCUAGGCAAGUCGGGCAGUGGGCGCGUGCGGCAGACACAGGUGAAUGAGGCCACCAAGGCCAGGAUCUCUAAGACACUGCAGCGGACCUUGCAGAAGCAGAGUGUGGUGUAUGGCGGGAAGUCCACCAUCCGGGACCGCUCCUCGGGGACAGCCUCCAGCGUGGCCUUCACUCCUCUCCAGGGCCUGGAGAUUGUGAACCCGCAGGCAGCAGAGAAGAAGGUGGCCGAGGCCAACCAGAAGUACUUCUCCAGCAUGGCCGAGUUCCUCAAGGUCAAGAGCGAGAAGGGCGGCAUCACAUCCACCUGAGAGCCUGCCAGGGGGACUGUGCUGGGCAGGGUCCUGCAAAGAGUCGCCCAUCUCUGCAUCAGUGCUGGCGGGGUACCCUGGGAUGAGUGUGUCCCACUCGGGGCAGAGAGGUCUCGUGCUCGUGGCUUUCUAAUUUUAACUAUGGGACAGGAGAUGCCUUCUGUGGCGAGAGUACAAUUAAAAGUAUGGCCUCUGGUCUGAGGUUUGUCCUGGG